AAGCAUAAAGUGUUAUUUUCUGUGUUUCAGAUAGCAACAGCUGUUCACUUCCUUCAAAAUCCUAAAGUGAAAGCAAGUCCUUUGUCACAGAAAAGAGCUUUUUUGAUUAAAAAAGGACUUACAAAUGAAGAAAUUGACUUUGCCAUUGAUCGAGCUGGUACUGAUGGAAAUAAUGCUUACAAUAGACAAGGUGAAGACACUUUGUCGCUUCAACCAAAGACAGUUAUGCCACUUCAGCAAGGUAAUUUUGAACCCCAUUUAUCAGCAUGGCAGAAGUGGCAAACAUUUUAUUCAGGUGCAGUUUUAAUUGGAAUUACAUGCUAUGGAGUUUACUACAUUUAUAAGAAAUACGUAAGGCCAUGGCUCCUUGGAAUCAAGGAAGAAGACAGAAUUUCCAAAGUUGAGCAACAACUCUGUGAUAUGAAUGACUCUUUAUCACAACUUAGACAUUCUUUAUUGAGUGUUGAAACACAUCUCUUCCAGCAAGUAAAAAAACUGUCUUCUGCUGAAGAGCAAAAAGAAGAUACAUCAGUUAAGAAUAUUUUAGCCUUGAAUGAAAUAAAAUCAGAAGUAGUAUCACUGAAAGCAUUGUUGUUAAGCAGGGGUCAGUUUCCCACAGCUCCUGUUACAAAACCUGGCAUUCCUUCAUGGCAGUUGGACAGGACAAAAACUGAUGAAAUUAACAAAGAAGCUGCUCUGAAUGGACCUCCAAAAAGUGAUAAAGAACAAGAGUCUUCCAUAGAAACAAUUAAUGGUGGUAUAGUUGAGAAUGUGAGAAGUGUAGAGGGUGCAGAUUGUUUAUCAGGCUCAGUUAGCAAUGACAACAGUGGAGACUGUUAAUGAGGAGAACAAAACAUC